CACUACUGCAGUGUGUGGCCCCGCCCCUCUCCACUGACGGCAAAAUGGCGACGGAGAACUGUGAUGCUGUGAAUAUGGACCCUGACAUGGAACUGCUAAGUGACGAAGAAUUAGAGAGGGAAGCGGAGGGCUUCAAAGAGCAAGGCAAUGCCUUUUAUAUCAAGAAGGAUUAUGCAGAAGCAUUCAAUUAUUACACCAAGGCCAUAGACAUGUGUCCGAAGAAUGCAAGUUACUAUGGAAACCGGGCAGCCACGCUAAUGAUGUUGUGUCGAUACAGAGAGGCUUUAGAGGAUUCCCAGCAAGCAGUGCGACUAGAUAACUCCUUCAUGAAGGGCCAUCUGCGAGAGGGCAAGUGCCACCUGUCUCUUGGCAAUGCUAUGGCUGCCAGCCGCUGUUUCCAAAGGGUUCUGGAGCUAGAGUCUGACAACAGUCAAGCCCAGCAGGAGCUGAAGAAUGCAGAAUCCAUCCUUGAAUAUGAGAGAAUGGCAGAGAUUGGAUUUGAGAAGAGAGACUUCAGGAUGGUUGUUUUUUGCAUGGACCGUGCCUUGGAAGCUGCCCCAGCCUGUCACAGAUUCAAGAUACUGAAGGCAGAGUGCUUAGCCCUGCUGGGGCGCUACCCUGAGGCUCAGUCUGUUGCCAGUGAUAUUCUGCGAAUGGACUCCACUAAUGCAGAUGCACUGUACGUGCGUGGUCUUUGUCUGUAUUAUGAGGACUGCAUUGACAAGGCUGUCCAGUUCUUUGUACAGGCCCUGCGUAUGGCUCCUGACCAUGACAAGGCUCGGCUGGCUUGCAGAAAUGCCAAAGCACUAAAAGCCAAGAAGGAGGAGGGGAACAAGGCGUUCAAGGAGGGAAACUUUGAGGCAGCCUAUGAGCUCUACUCUGAGGCACUAACAAUAGACCCCAACAACAUCAAGACUAAUGCCAAGCUGUUCUGUAAUAGGGCCACUGUUGGAUCUAAGCUGAAGAAACUAGAACAGGCCAUUGAAGACUGCACGAAGGCCAUUAAACUGGAUGAGACCUACAUCAAGGCCUAUUUACGGAGAGCACAGUGCUACAUGGACACAGAGCAGUAUGAAGAGGCAGUGCGAGACUAUGAGAAGGUUUACCAGACAGAAAAGACUAAAGAACACAAGCACCUCCUAAAAACUGCCCAGCUGGAGUUGAAGAAAAGCAAGCGGAAAGAUUACUACAAAGUGCUUGGGGUGGACAAAAACGCCACAGAGGAGGAGAUCAAGAAAGCUUACCGCAAACGGGCGCUUUUACAUCACCCAGACCGUCACAGCGGAGCUAGUCCUGAGGUACAGAAGGAAGAGGAGAAGAAGUUCAAGGAGGUGGGCGAGGCUUUCAGCGUGCUUUCAGACGCAAAGAAGAAGUCUCGUUACGACAGCGGUCAGGAUCUGGAGGACGACGGCAUGAACAUGGGAGAUUUUGAUGCCAACAACAUUUUCAAGGCAUUCUUUGGAGGCCCAGGAGGUUUUAGUUUUGAAGCAUCUGGACCAGGAAAUUUCUUCUUCCAGUUUGGUUAACUGGAGGAUUCUUCUACCUAAACAGUUACUACAUCAGGACUUUUCAACAAUGUCAACCCCCUGACCCACCACCCAUAUUUAAUGACUGACUGAUUGCAAGUCAGGUUCUUGUCUAUGCCAUUGACUGAAUGAAUGCAACCCAAAAAACAUGCAACAAACGAUUUAAAGCUGGUAAAGCAAGGACACCAAGUCGUCUCAGAAUGAGUUGAUAGUGUUACUGGUUUUGGAUUUGGUUUUCUUCUUCUCAAGAAUGAAACAAACUUUAGAGUCAGUAAUGGCUAGCAACCCUUUGUCCAAAUAUUUUCUCAAUUUUUGAGAUAGGAGAGAUUGUGCAGCUAUUGUAUCAGAGCUUUUAGGGAUCCAUGCUGGAAGUGACAUCCUGGGGAAACUCUAGAGAUGCAGCUGAGCAUUGAGCAAGCUAUUAUCCGGCUCCUCUCAACUUACUGCUGAGCAGGUAUUCUCUGCAUGAAAGUUAACAACUUGCUUAAUGAUUUCUGAAGAAAAUCACUAAGCAAGCAGCACCUCCCCCCCCUUUUGAAGAAUCUGUCAGACAGACAGUUGGCUGCUACGAAUUCGCACUGAAAACUGCCUCCUUGUCAUAAGCCAAUAGAAGCACUUGAGCAUUUUUUUAAAUUUCACAACAGCUGGAGCGUAGACCUACACGUACAGUACAGUUGAAGCACACUAGAAAGAUGGCAGUGGAGACAGCUGUGCUGGCUUUGUUGCCAGCAAAGUCCUCUUCCCUCUUGUUGUCACAAGUUUUAUGUUUGAUGUUGCCAUUCACAGAUUGCUGCAUUGUACAUUUUACUGGAAUGUAAAGUGUUGAUUUGUGAUGAUAGUUGAUUAUUUUUUCCAUUUUUUUUUUAUUUUGAUAUGUAUAUUUAUUGUAAAUUUGCUGUCUGAUAGAACCACCGGUGUAAGAUGAGGACACUUUUCUCUUACGUAAAAGUUUAAAAGGGGCACAGAUUAUGAGCAACCCUUUUGACACAAAUUCAGGAAGUUAAUUGUUUUGCUUGGUCUGCAUGAAAUUUUUGCGCAGAAAUAGAUUAUGCUCUGUGUGUUUUUUGACUGUGAUGCAAGCUGUCUAAUUUUACUCAAUGCAACAGAUAGGAAUAAAAAUAGAACAAACAUGACAUGUUAUAGGUGUUUGCCAUUGUCUAAGAAAGUGAGGCACUGUGUGAUGAUGGAAAACUGGUAGUGUUCAGUUACUUCCUGAUGAGUGUGUGGCUCUCUUUGUGCAACUUCAUGAAGAAAAAGAAAAGCGUCCUCAUCUUUGCUCUAAUUGUUUUUGCCCUUAUGGUGAAACCAUCCUCUCUUUAUCCUUGAAAAGUACCAGCCAUGUCAAUAAAGUUGGCCUCCUCUGGGUUUCCCCUAAA